AUGGCCUCAGAUCUCUGGUAUCAGUUCGUAAAAACGCUGUCAGACGAACGCGAGGAUGCAAAACACGUAACUAUACGUUUGUAUGUCGCGCUAGACCAGAUUAACACCAUACGCGACCGCUUUGUAAUCAAGAAGGUCACAAUGAACGACAAAGCCGUCUUCAAUGAGCGAACGGCAGUCUGCCGGAUCAUCGACACGCUUCCCAAUUCUGUCGCAAUACUGAAAUCCAGGUUCUGGUCUUUCCAUGACCAUGGCGAGGGCAGCGGUUUCACUUCCACACACAGGUACGAGGUGGAAAGGUACGUGGACUAUUGCUCUGCAGGCACAUUGUCCAGCAUUAUCGAGCAUUACAAAGUAAUCUACAACCUUACAUCCGGUUUGACGUACACGUCAGGUAUACCCGAUACAGCAGAAGCCCUAGGAUGGAUACCAAAAGUGCAUCGCGACAUCAAGCCCAGCAAUAUCUUCCUCAUGGAGCCCCAAGAGUCGUUCAGUUCUUUCCCACGACCUGUGCUAGCAGACCUCGACGACAUGCUCGAAUUAUUCGGAUAUGAGUAG